CCCUCGUCUGCCUCCGCCGCCCGCCUCCGCCCGCGCUUCCCCUUCCUCCCGCCCGCUCCCUUUCCUGCCCUCCCCGCUCCGCUUCCCCGCUCGCACUCUUCCUGUUGCCCGCCUGCCUUUUCUCUCUCUCCUUUCUUUCUUUGGGCGUCUUGGGGCUUCUACACAUACGUGCGCUGCCCGUUGCAGCUUCCCCAUAAAGGCGCGCUCGGUCAUGCAGUUGCAUUGUUAGCGAUAUUUUUUAAGAGCAAUGGCUCGUUUUCUAAGCAUUUCAACACGAAGGGUUUACGCAUUUUUAGAAAUGAGCGUUGAGAAUAAUACCUUGCAACGUAAAGAAUUUUUUUUCGGUGUUUUUACGCAACCUCUAUUUUGGGAGAAAGAAUGGGAUCACGUUAAUGGAAAAUGGGAGAGGCGGAGGAAAGAAUGGAAAUGAUUUCUGAAAGACCUAAAGAGAGUAUGUAUUCCUGGAAUAAAACUGCAGAGAAAAGUGAUUUUGAAGCUGUAGAAGCACUUAUGUCAAUGAGCUGCAGUUGGAAGUCUGAUUUUAAGAAAUACAUUGAGAACAGACCUGUUACUCCUGUAUCUGAUAUGUCAGAGGAAGAGAAUUUGCUUCCUGGUACACCCGAUUUUCAUACAAUCCCAGCAUUUUGUUUAACUCCACCUUACAGUCCUUCCGACUUUGAACCCUCUCAAGUGUCAAAUCUGAUCGCACCAGCCCCAUCUACUGGACACUUCAAAUCAUUCUCAGAUACUUCCAAGCCUCACGUUGCUGCAUCUUUCAAAGAGGAAGAGAAAAGCCCAGGACCUGUUCCCAAACUCCCUAAGGCUCAGGCAACAAGUGUGAUUCGUCAUACAGCUGAUGCCCAGCUGUGUAACCACCAGUCCUGCCCAGUGAAAGCAGCCAGCAUCCUCAACUGCCAGGACAAUUCUUUUCGAAGAAGAGCCCACCUAAAUGUUGAGGCUACAAGAAAAAACUUACCUUGUGCAGCUGUGUCACCAAACAGAGCCAAAUGUGAGAGAAACACAGUAGCAGAUGUUGAUGAGAAAGCAAGUGCUGUACUUUAUGACUUUUCUGUGCCUUCCUCAGAGACAGUCAUCUGUAGAUCUCAGCCAGCUCCUGUGUCCCCCCAACAAAAAUCAGUAUUGGUUUCUCCACCUGCAGCAGUAUCAGCAGGAGGAGUGCCACCUAUGCCAGUCAUCUGUCAGAUGGUUCCCCUCCCUGCAAACAACCCUGUUGUGACAACAGUUGUUCCCAGCACUCCACCCAGUCAGCCACCAGCUGUCUGCCCACCUCUUGUGUUCAUGGGUCCUCAGGUGCCCAAAGGUGCUGUCAUGUUUGUCGUACCCCAGCCCGUUGUCCAGAAUCCAAAGCCUCCAGUAGUGAGCCCAAAUGGCACCAGACUCUCUCCCAUUGCCCCUGCUCCAGGGUUUUCCCCUUCGGCAGCAAAAGUCACUCCUCAGAUCGACUCAUCUAGGAUAAGAAGUCACAUCUGUAGCCAUCCAGGAUGUGGCAAGACGUAUUUUAAAAGUUCUCAUCUGAAGGCCCACAUGAGAACGCAUACAGGAGAAAAACCUUUUAGCUGUAGCUGGAAAGAUUGUGAAAGGAGGUUUGCCCGUUCUGAUGAACUGUCUAGACACCGACGAACCCACACAGGUGAGAAGAAAUUCGCCUGUCCCAUGUGUGACCGGCGGUUCAUGAGAAGUGACCAUUUGACCAAGCAUGCCCGACGUCAUCUGUCAGCCAAGAAGCUACCAAACUGGCAGAUGGAAGUGAGCAAGUUGAACGACAUUGCCCUACCUCCAAACGCUGCUCCCGCACAGUGACGGCUCGGAAGGUGAAGAGUAAGAACUAACUUUGGUCACAGCUGGGAGCCAGUGGUGAUACAAGAAUGCUUCCACUGCAAGCCUGUGGCCCUCCAGUGCCGGCUGAAAGCAGAAGCUCCACAGCUUGGGGAGAAGGCCCAGACUGGGUUAGAUGACAAGAAGUGCUAUGGUCACAGGCAUGUCACAGAGUCGCAGGAUUCAUUUCAUAUCACAUAAGAGACACGAGAAAGCUUUUAUUCCUUUAAAUAUUUUUUGAAGGUUUCGGAUGAGGUCAGCACAGGCAGCACAGAUUUUGAAUUCAUGUGCACAAUUUGUUACUUUUGCCAUUUAUAGUUGAGACCAACUUUUCAAUGUGAUUCUUCUAAAGCACUGGUUUCAAGAGUGUAGAGACUGGAAAUCAACAUUACGGUACAGAGAUGGAGAUACAAGAUCGAUUUUUAUAAUUACAAAUAUUGUCAUCUUUUCCUAGAGUUAUCUUGUUUACUAUUCCUAGUCUUUCCAGUCAACUUUGUGGAUGUAGUUGUUAAAUAGUCCUAGCAUUUUUACAUUGUUGCUGACAUUUGGAAUUGGUUAGCUGUAUAUUGCUAAAGAGGACCCAAAGAUUUGGAAUCCUCAAAUAAUUUAAUUCCUUUGAAGUGUAGCUGCGAUUUUUUUUGCAUUUUUGUUUUGAAAGUUUAACAGAUAACUAUAUCUAGGCAUUUUAUUAUGCUUUGAACUUUAGUUUGCCUGCAGUUUCUUGUGUAGAUUUGAAAAUUGUAUACCAAUGUGUUUUCUCUAGAAACUAAGAUACACUGCACUUUGUUUAGAAAAAAAUUUCAGAGAUGAAAAUAUAUAUUGUAAAGAAGGGAUAUCAAGAAUUUUAGAUAACUCCUUGAAAAAGAUGGCUUAUGUCAUCAGUAAAAUACCCUUAUGUUAUGAGGCUAUAACAUGAGCUUUAUUGAAUUAGAAAGUUAAUAACCAUUAUUCACAAGAGGACAGAUAUUGUCCUGUUAAUUUAUAGGAGGUUUAUGGGGGGAUGUGGAACUAGAUGUGUAGAAAAGUUACUAGAACAUUCACUCUUGUUAACAGUAUUUCUGUUCUAUUCUGUUGUGUAGUGGGUGAUAUACACAGUGGUGAAACAAAAGUAAAUUGUUUAAAAUACACAGUGAAAAGGGUCCCCAUAUCUACCCAUUUAACAUUUCUCUCUAUCGGGUCUAGAUUUCUGACAUCCAAACUCUUAGACCCUUGGAAAAGUUUUCUUGUAAUAAAUAAGAAAUCCUUGUGAUUUACAAUUUGCACAAUAUUUCUUUUGUUGUACUUUAUAUCUUGUUUACAAUAAAGAAUUUCCUUUGGUAUUUAUAA